AACAUUGUAUGUUAUAUUUAAACUACUGUAAAAAGCGAACAGUUUAAGAGUUGUUUGUCAUGUGAUGGGUUGUUGGGUUUUACUUAAAAUCCGUCGAGAUUACUAAUUUAGUUUUACUGUUAAACUACAAAUUAAUUUAUAUUUCAUGAAACAUGGAGGAAGUUGAUCAUAUUAUUACCCACACGCUAAAACAACUAGGAUGUGACAUAGAUGAUGAAGUUAGAAGACUUCAUGAUUUCACCACUGAAUUGGUAGUAGAAGGAGUGGUUAGAUGCCUUCAGCAAAUUCUUCCAGAUAAAAACCUGUCUAGUCAUGUCCCACCCAGUAUGGCUGCAAAGUAUCGUUUAGGAUCAGCUUUAGCAGAGGCCUGUACUGAGUUGGGUUACAAAGGAGAGAUUGGUUAUCAGACAUUUCUCUACUCAAAUGAUUCUGAGCUGCGAAAAAUCUUUAUUUUCUUGAUUGAAAAGUUACCCAAAGAAGCAGAAAAAGUUACAGAUGAGCCUUUAGGAAAAUCUGAUCUUUUAAAUCGAGCAAUUGCAGAAGAGUUAUCCAGGCAGUUGAAGCUUCCUUGGUUGCCAAACUAUUGUAAACCAAAUGGUUUAAGGUGGAGUAGUCCAAACAAAUGGCACAGAGAGGGUUGCAGAGGAACACAUGCUCUUCAUACUUGUAAUUUGUUUGUUCCAAGGGACAUUACUGACAGUAACAGUAAGGUUGUUCAAGUUUCUCACUGUCAUUUCUGGGUUGUAACCAACUUGUACCUGAAUCCUCUUUUUGCAUCUUCAGUGUAUUUGGAUUUCAUUAUCAUCAGUAGUCAUCAUGCUAAAAAGUAUUUUAUAAUUUUCAUGCAGGAUGAAAAAAACAUCGAAGUACCAGUAACAGGACCUGCCCUGAAAAAACCUGAUACAGAGGAGGAUUUAAAAUCAAGGAGAGAGGAGGAAUUGAAAACAUUGCAAUCUGAAGUUGAUGAACUCUCCAGACAAUUAGAACAACUUGAACUUCAAAUGAAACAGUACAAUGCAUCUUUACAACAGAUUGGUGAACAAAUUCUCUGUGAAGAAGCCAAAAACAAAGAGCUAGAGGAAAUAUAUAAGCUGAGGAAGAGAACUUUUGACCUUCUUCCUGAUGCUGAUAAUAACCUUAAAAAACUACAGGAGGUAGUGGAAGCCAGUGGUCAGCGACUUGUGGUGUUGGCUAGACAGUGGGAGAAACAUCGUGCACCUCUCAUUGAACAGUACCGCCAUUUGAAGGAAUUAAGCUCUCAGCGACUGAGUGAAACACAAAGGAAAUUAGAAGAAAUCAAAUCUCUGAGAGAGAAAAUGAAAGACUGUGCUGAUGAAGCUAGAAGUAAAGAUGACCUUUACAAGCAGCUGUUAGCAGAAUACGAAAGAUUAACUAAAGAUGUGAAUAGGUCAGCAUAUACUCGCCGAAUUAUUGAAAUUCUAGCCAACAUCAAAAAGCAGAGAGAAGAAAUUGAUAAGGUUUUGAUUGACACCAAGGCCAUUCAGAAAGAAAUUAACCAACUUUCUGGUAAACUAGAUCGAACCUUCACAGUUACUGAUGAAUUAAUCUUCAGAGAUGCAAAAAAAGAUGAAGCUGUUAGAAAAGCAUACAAGUAUCUUGCAGCACUUCAUGAGAACUGUAGCUCACUAAUUCAAACGGUGGAAGAAACUGGCACUAUUAUUCGAGAAAUCAGAGAUCUAGAAGAUCAGAUUGAACAAGAAAGUCAGAAGAAAGUUGCUGACAAUUUGGAACGUAUUACAGCAGAUUAUAAACAGAUGAAGCAGGAGAAUUCCUCUCUUAUGACUCAGCUAAAAGCUUAACUUUAUAAUAAAUAAUGUGAACAUCAUUUUACUUGUAACUGUCAGUGGAUUACUAAAUACUACUAAUUGUUUAUUGGAAGAAGUAAAAGUGUUAAUUAUUUUCAAUUUUUUGUUGUCUUAAUUAAAAUUCAUUUAAUAAUGACAAAGAUGCUAAAGAAAAUUUCUUAUAUUGGAGGUACAAAUGUGUUUAUAGUUAUUGUAAGAGAUAUGACCUUUUUUAUUUUAUAUUGCUAUAAAAAUGAUUCAUAAUCAAUUAACAUAAAACUAUUGUGGGAAUUAGAAAUUCCCUCGUAUUUACAUUAAAAGUACUACUUGCUAAAGUAGCAUUGCAGACUUAUGUCAUAAGGACCUCUGUAAAAGUAGAGAUAUAGUGUUGAUUAUAAUCAUGUUCCAUUACUAAAGUUAAUUCUAAAUAUUGACCAAACAUUGUAAGCCUUGACCAUAAAGACCUAUUAAAUUAAAAUCAUAAAUAUGUGUGCACAAUGUGAUGUUCUAUGCAGUUAUUUAUCAUUAGUGUGUGUGUGUGUAUGGAGCCUAAAGAUGAUCACUUUGAUUUAACAUUCAAUGUUGUAUUUUAUUAGAAUUUUGUUAUGGUCAGUAUAUGCAUUUUUGUUUUCUUUUUGAAGUACCUUAACAGUAUUAACAGUGAAACAGUUAAGAGUGGCAUCAGUGAAUUAAUAAUUUGAAGAUUAAUUGAUGACAUUUACUGAUAUUUAACGAUGCUGUAUAAUACGUUAAAAUGUAAUAAUUUUCACUUAAUUUCUUUUUGGUCAUAUAUGUGAUUAGUUAUUCUUCCAAAUUAUAUCUGAUCAUUCUAACUUCAAAAUAAAAUUAUAAAGUAUUUAAUUUUCACUAUGAAUUAGCAAUAGAUCCUGUAUAAGCUGUUUUUCAUUAUUUUCAAAGCAGAAUUCUUAAUCUCUUUCAAGUGGUGAUCCCUCUACAAUUUAUUAAAAAGAACAAACAUCUUGAAAGAGAAUGAUCCAACUUAAUUGUGAUGUGAUUUUAUAUUCAGAGAGAGAAAAUAAAUUUGGAACACUGUUUUUCUGGUCAUACUAAUAUGUGAAUUUACCAUAUUGGUCUGUCUAACCUUGUAUUCUAAGAUAAACAUUAAAAUGAACUUGUAUGAGGC